AUGUCGGAAUCUCAUCGAGAUCAUAAUAAAUCGUUAAAUACAUCUUCAAGUAAAAAUUAUCGAAAUAGUAAAGAUGAAAUUGAACGAUAUGCUAGAAAACGAUCACAUCUUGAAAUGGAAAAUAUUGAUGCAAAAGUUUAUGUUGGUAAUGUUUUAACUGAAAAAGUAACUGAUGAUGAAUUAUUAAAUUUUUUUAAACCAUUUGGCAAAAUUGCGGACAUACGAGUAUUUAAAGAUCAUAUAUUCGUGCAAUAUAAUCGAGUUGAUGAUGCAAAAAAUUUAAUUAAAGAAGCACAAAUACCUUUAAUACUUAAAGGAAGAAAACUUGAUGUUUUACCAGCAAGAGAUGUUAGGUCAACAAGUACACAAUCAUCAUCAUCAUCAACGAAUCGAUCAUCAAAAAGUCAUGAAAGAGCUUUUCAUCAACAUUCAUCGAAUUAUGACACAUCUCGACGAAGAUUUUCAACAUGUACAAGAUCAAAUUUUAAACCUGAAACUUUUAGUGAUCGAAUUGGAACAGAAAUCAAUGAUCGCAUGGAUAUAUCAACAGCAAAAUCUGAUCCUUGUCGAUCUAAUAAUGAUUCAAUAUCUCGAAAUAAUCAAUUACCUUAUACAAUUUUAACAGGACUAAAAAAUUCGAAUGAUUUAGUUGAUUGUCAAAUAAUUAUUGUUAAUACUCGGCAAAGAGCUUAUGCUGAAGAAAUUGAAUCUCGUCUUUGUUCUCAUGGUCUUGUUACAUCAAUAAUACUUCUUCGAGAAGAUUAUACUUUAACAGAAGCUAUUGAGAAUGCUACUCGUUUACAAUGUUUGUAUGGAAUUAUUGCAAUGCCUAUGCAUGAAGAACGACGUACUGCAUCUUUUCAUAUUUUAUAUGGACAAACAGAAGAACAUCGUAAUUUAACAUUGGACGAUGGUAUUCAUAUAAUAAUAACAAAUUUUAUUUCAUAUAAAGAACGUUUUAAUAAUGAAGAAAUAAAUUCAUAUCAUGAAAAUAAUGAUUCAAUUGGGUAUUCUCAAACAAAUUCGUCCUAUACAUAUUCUCGUCAAUCAAAUAAUCUUACACAAGAAGAAAUAACUCCACCAGUAUUAAAUCUUGGUGAUAGAUUACCAUUAUCAAUGUUAUUAUGUCUUUUAGCUGAUGGAAGACAAUUAACAUUAGAAGAAAUAGAUCGUGUACUUGUUUAUUUACUUGAAAAAAAAGCUAAAAUGUUAACAUUACCUUCAGGUACAUUACCACCAUUACCUGCUCAAUAUGCAACAAUGAACACAUUGAAUCAUCAAGCAGGCUCUGGUAUUGUAUCAGACACAAGAACUGUUCCAAUCUCAGAUUCAUCACUUGGAAAAUCAUCGAAUUCUUCAUCGGAAGUAUCUUCAUCGAUUGCUGAACAAAUUCGUCAAAUAUUAUCAACAAACAUAGUCAAACCAAAUACUUUAACUGGAGAAACAAAUUCACAAUCUGUUAUAACAAAAGCAUCAUUAGAUAAAUUACCCGAUAUUGUUAAAGUUGAAAAUACGAAUAUUCCACAACCAAAUAAUAAUGUUGCAGAAGCAGCAAAAGAAUAUGUUCAACAGAAAAAACAAUCUUUAUUUUCGCAUCCAAAACUUGAAGCAUUACCUAUUGUAUCAUCUGGAUUUAAUUAUACAUCACCAUCGGUAACGACAACUGGAUCUUUGAAUUCAUUUGCUGCACCGAAUUUUUCAUCGUAUAAUUCAGUAACACCAUCAUUACCGUUUAAUUCAGCUUUAAAAGCAACAACAUCAGUAACAGUUCCCAAUUUUGUUUCACAACCGUCUCAAUAUUUCUAUCAAAUUCCACCACAAAAUAUUUAUCAAUCUCCAUUGAAUUCGACAGUAACUGAUCCAACAGCUGGAAUUUUUCAAGCAUAUUCCCAAUUUAAUGUACAGCCGACAGCAAAUUCUUCGAUUGUUAGUCAACAAAUAAAUACACAACAACAAAUUAGAAAAUGA